AGACUGAAUCAGGAAGUGGUUUGGCCCAUUGAGCGGUGCUUUGAAAUACUGGAGGCUACCAGAUUAGUUUGAAACACCGCUGUAGCAGGCCCUCCGAGUGACGAGACGUGAGAUCGACUUAUGCAACAACUGCACCUCGACAUUCCGAACUUGUGCUCUGAGACAAAAGCCGUCUUCUCUAAAACCAUGGAUAAACGUCUGGAGAACCAUCUUCAAUGUCCCACCUGUCUGGACGUCUUCAAGGAUCCUGUCAUGCUGCCGUGCAGUCACAACUUCUGCCGUGCGUGUCUGAAGCAGUGGAAGGACACAGGAAAACGAUCGUGUCUACUCUGUAGGGCAGACUUUGGUUCGACGGUUCCGCUUCCAAACUUGGCACUGAAGAAUCUGUGUGAGAACCUUCCACGAGCCCCAGUCAAGUUAGAAGACAAGUGCAGCUUGCACGAAGAGGAAUUCAAACUCUUCUGUUUCGACCACUGGGAGCUUACGUGCAUCGUCUGCAGAGACGCCGGAAUCCACGAUGGCCACAAGUUCCGGCCCCUUGAAGAAGUCCGUGAGGAACUCGAGAAAAGCCUGCAAAAUGCCAAGGAAAGACUCCAAGAUUACGACCGCUGUCGAGAGAACUGCAAAGAACAGCUAGAGUACAUCAAAGUUCAGAAGGAGAAUGUCGAACGGAAGAUUAAGAAGGAUUUUGCGGAGCUCCGUCGCUUUCUCGACGAGGAGGAGGAGGUCAGGUUGGUUCUAGUCAGGAAGGAAGGGAAGAAGAAGAGUCAAAGGAUGAAGAAGAUGAUGGCGGCUCUCGGCGAACAAAUGGAGGCUCUCUCGGAUGCCAUCGGAAGCACUGAGGAGCAGCUUGCGUCUGCCAAUCUUUCUUUCAAGACGGAGAUGCGCGGAAUACAAGAGCUGCCCGAUGAACCAAAGCUGAUUGGAGGAGCUCUGCUAGAUGAAGCCAAACACGUAGGCAACCUCAAGUACAAGGUGUGGGAACGAAUGAAGGACACACUCACCUACAGUCCCGUCAUUCUUGAUCCCAACACGGCCGAUCCAGAACUCAGUCUGUCCGAAGAUCUGAGCAGUCUAAGUUCGAAAGACGUACGGCAGCGGCGUCCAAAGAAUCCAGACAGGUCCUGGUUGGACUCUGUGCUGGGUUGUGCUUUGGACUCGGAAAAACACGUGUGGGACGUCGAGGUGGAAGACAACUAUAACUGGAUAGUGGGGGUCACGUGGGGGGACCCUAGUUUGCUCGAGGUAAUGAUCUCUCGGUGGUGCAUUGGAUUUUGGGAUGGGCAAUACAAAAUUACAUAUGGCCAACAUGGAGAAUGGUACCCGCCUGUAAUAGUGCGGAGGAUCCGAGUUGAAGUGGACAUGAAGAAAAGGUCAUUGUCCUUCUCUGAAGCUCUUACAGACAUCAAAUUGUGGAGCACUAAGAACCCUUCCGAUUGGCCUGACUUGUCCGCAGAGACCAAAAUGUAUCCUUACUUUUGGACAAAACAUAGAAGUCCUCUAAAAAUAGUCCCCAUUUACCCUUAUGUUACAACUGACAUCAACUAGCAGUCAUGUUGACACGGCUUGAUUUUUUUGCUUUGUAAUUUCAUCUAAAUCAUUCCUUUUCCACAUGAUUUGACUCUCAUUUAUUGGCCAGAUCAGGUGAUAAGACUUUACCGGAGCAAGUCAAAUCUAAGUAUUUAAGCAGUAACUCAAUAUUCUUUUCUCCCAAUACUUUUUGACUAGUGUGAAUACUACUGAUGCACCGAUACGAUACCAGUAUCAUCAGGGGUGCCGAUCCGGCCCGAAAUGGUGGCAUUCGAUCCAAAAACUCCCAUGUAGCACGGAUCACCGAGUGUCAAGAUACAGCUGUGAAUGGCCACAGCCAGAUUUUGGGGGGAUUUUAUGGCUGAAACAUGGUCAUAUAACAAGGGUCGCGAUGCAAAAAUCGCAGACUUCAAGGAGUAGUUGAGAUUUUUUUUUCCCAUAUAUUGACUAGGGUUGUUCCGAUCAUGUUUUUUUGCUCCCGAUCCGAUCGUUUUAGUUUGAGUAUCUGCCGAUCCCGAUAUUUCCC